AUGGCGCGAAAAGUCGCCACGCUACUGCUAAUUUUUGGUUACUGCUCCUGUAUGGAAAUGCGGGAGACAGUUGAACGAACAGUAAUGGUCAGAACCACCGGUUCCGACCUUCAACCCGCCGCCACAGGGUAUAUCUACAAGAAGGAAAGCGAUGGGCCCGUCAGUGUCACCAAAAUGGGAGAGAGUGAAGUCAUAGAACAAUUUAGUAAGUUAUACAACACACCUGAAUCUUAUGAAGAGUACAUAGUGAAAGAGACACCUAUAUAUUCAGAAAAAGAAGAUGAAAUUAGAUCUAAAUCGUUCUCAAGUUCACCGCGUACAAGUACGUCUCAAGGUAAAUACACUACAGCUGCACAUGAGAGUUCGGAGAGUCCCAAGUCACAAGACAGUGCGCCACAAUCCAGCGCGACACAUGCUAGCCAAGAGCCGGUAAAGCCCGUUGUGGAGAAGGUAGACGACAAGAUCGAUGGUAUAGCUAACGAAGAGUUUGACAAAUUAUUCGAAGAUUAUAUCAAACAAGUUAAUUACAAGAAUAGUUUUACUGACUACUUACACGGUUUAGACCACAAGGAUCACGAUAUUUAUCACGGGAAUGGGCAUGGAGAUCAGGAUGAGUAUUACUUAAAAGGGUACGACUACGCAGAAAAAAGCCUAAAGGGCAACGAUAGACAUUUUCAUCACGAGAAGGGAGAACCUAAACACGACUACCUCAUAGAUCACGGAAAGUAUUAUGUAUAUAAUUAUAAGGAACCAAAAACGGGCUUUCACGAGGACGAUGAUCAUGCAAGGCAUUUUAUCAACAGGCUCAAAAGCAACAGAGAUGACCACACAUAUGACGCCUCUCAAACGAAAGGAGAAGGGACUGAUGGAUUUCACGAAGGCCUUAAGUUGGACGAACUCAAGAAAAACAAGGAGUUUUAUGAUGGCCAAACGUUUAAAGGAACAAACCACGAUUACGGAGUUAGAGGGCACGAGGACUAUGGAUCAGGAGCCAAAGGAUACGAUGGUAGAGAUACACAUGAAUCGGGGCAGCACAAUGGCUCUUUCAGAAAGAGUAAUGCGGAAAAAGAGUCAGCAGACGAGUACGUUGGCGUACAUUCCUCAGAAGACAGUGAAGAAUCUGCACAUGAGCACCCCAGAGCUUUUGGCAUUAAAGAUCAACUCGACACAAGGAAAAGCUACGGCUACGAAAUUAAACAUUAA